GCCGACGUGCUGCGUCAUGACGUAGGCCGACGGCCCGUGACUCGCUCCAUAAUGGCGGAACCCUUGUUACAAUGGUGAUAACUUGUUAGCCGACCUGUUGUGAGAAGCUGCGGAUAUUUGUCACGGCGGGUUGUUUGCGCCGGCUUCAUGUUAAAGUCCGGUGCAGCGGGUUCAUCCACCGUUGCCUCUUCUCAGCCCAUGAAGGAAUUCAAGGAGAACUUUUCGGGCCAAGCGAUCCUGGACCACAUCAAGCCAUGCUGGUACUGGGACAAGAAAGAUUUGGCCCACACCCCGUCGCAGUCUGAAGGCCUGGACCCUGGCACGGAGGCCCGGUAUCGCAGAGAAGGAGCCCGCUUCAUUUUUGACGUUGGGACCAGACUCGGCCUACACUAUGACACACUGGCAACUGGCAUCAUAUAUUUCCACCGCUUCUACAUGUUCCACUCCUUCAAACAGUUCCCCCGAUACGUGACCGGUGCUUGCUGUCUGUUUCUGGCGGGCAAAGUGGAAGAAACCCCAAAGAAGUGUAAAGACAUCAUCAAAACGGCUCGCAGCUUACUGAACGACGUGCAGUUUGCCCAGUUCGGAGAUGAUCCGAAGGAAGAGGUAAUGGUGUUGGAGAGAAUUCUGCUGCAGACCAUCAAGUUUGACCUGCAGGUGGAGCACCCCUACAUGUUCCUGCUGCGCUACGUCAAGCAACUCAAGGGUGAGAAGAAUAAAGUGUGCAAGGUGCUACAAAUGGCCUGGACCUUUGUCAAUGACAGCCUGUGCACCAUGCUGUCUCUGCAGUGGGAACCAGAGAUCAUCGCCGUCGCCGUCAUGUACCUGGCCGGCCGCCUCUGUAAGUUUGACAUCCAGGAGUGGACUGCCAAGCAGUCGUCCCGUCGCUGGUGGGAGCAGUUUGUGCAGGACGUCCCAGUUGAGCUGCUUGAAGACAUCUGCCACCAGAUCCUGGAUCUGUACUCUCAGGGCAACAAGCCCAUCCCUCAGCAGAUCCAGGAGAAGGAAAGGGCCGCUGCUCCUCAGGCCCCAAUCCCUCCAAUCCCACAGGGACUACCACCAGCCCCCAGCCUCCCUCCCCCACCCCCAAAGAAGACUUCCCCCAUGGGAGGCAGCCCUGCACGCCAGCACAAGCGCGCACAUACUCCCUCCAAAGAUGAACCAAAGGCUCCAGAACCGGUUGGAUCAAAGAUUCCCCGGCUGGAAAGCCCCAUGCCCCCUCUGCCUGCAUCGCAGCCUCCCCCAGAACGCAAAGCUCCGGCUCCUCCCACGGAAGCAGAACCAUUAAAUGAAACCGCGCCGCCUCCACCGCAUGCGCCGCCGCCACAUAAGCCCCCGCCCCUGCCCCAUCGCCCUCCUCCACCGCCGCCCUCCAACUACAUCAUGUCCACCACCAGCUCCUACAUGUCUGGAGAAGGCUACCAGAGCCUGCAGUCACUGAUGAAGACAGAAGGUCCCUCCUACGCGCCGAUGCCCCCCAGCUACGCACCCCCAAUCCCACCAUACCACCCCCACGUCUAUCCGCCGCCUUCAGCCCCCCCCCCAGGCCCGCCACCGCCUUCUAGCUACCCACCACCCAACCUGGCGCCUCAGUAUCCUCCACCAGGCUACAACAGCUACCCUCCACCGCCGCCUCCGCGCAUGCCGCCGGGCCACGUGCCCCCUCCGGUUAUAGGACUCCCCCCUGCUGGGUAUCCCCCGCCCCCCGGCCCCCCAGGACAAUCGCAGGUGCCCCUUCCCCCUCCGCCCGGCAUGCCUAUGAAUCAUGGCGGUUGGAUGAGAUGAGAAUGAAUGCGGAGGCGUCGCUGGGGAGGGCGACCACCAGGUAGUUGUUGGGCUCUUGUUGUUCAUGAAGGCUUUCUAAGACGUAGACUUGAAAAUGAAUAGAUUGUUACGCGUCACAAGGAUGCUACUUGCUGUGGUUCCAGCAUAUUGAAUCAAUCGCUGUGCACUCGUCUGUCUGCAAACUGAUAUCCUAACUUUAGUUCUGUGCUGUUCUCUCUUGACCUUCUGACUAUUAGAGGUUGACUCAUUUCUUUCUGUAUUCAUGCACUCUAAUCGUUUUUGUACGUUCCCUCUGUUUUGCUGAGGAAAAGGUGUAAUAAAAUCUGGAGAUGAUUUUCCA